GAGACAAUGAAUUCUAUCUUGUAUCUUGUAACUGCAUGCUAUUAACCUAUGGCUUAUUCAGAGCGAAAAUAAUUUACCAGUUAAUUCACCAGUACAUACAUUCUAAAAUCGCUCGGACACUCGCCUAAUUACCUUACGUUUGCGGUAUAUGUUGUUGAGCUUGGAUCUCGUUCCUACGUGCCAUGCUGUGGGGUACGUGCAUGGGCAGAGUACAGCAAGCAGUAGAAAGUAAUGAUAGGAUAAGCGUUUCUCAUUUGAAUUUGAUGUUCUUUGAAAUUUACUUCCAAAGUAGUUUUGUUACACAGUGUUCAGUAUUUAUUAUAACUCACUUUAAAAACGGUGACACACACCUGUACGGUGUUGAAAAUGGUAUUGAACGUUAGCUAAAACUCGUUUGAAACGGUUGACCAGUGAAUUUAAUGGAAUACAGUUGAUCUUUUUCACUUGAACAGACCCAUACUCGAAAAGAAAAAUGAAUUCAACCAUGGCAGCCAUCGAUGAACUAAUAAUAAUGGAUGAAUAUGCCAAUGAAAAGAUCAGACGGGAAAUGGUUGAUAGAUUAGCUAGUAUCUCUGCUAAUAGGAUUAACCAGGAAAUUACUAAGCGUGUAUUAUGGAGAAUACAUCCACUAGAGAUACACUUGGUCGGAAGUUCAUAUGAAGGCUUUCCGGUAUCAGCCUGGGGUGAUGAAGACAAAAUGUUGUACAACACAACGUUUCCAAUGGUAUUGUGGACACCUUCCCCAAAAAAGGGGGGAAAUUGUGUAAUGGCCGAGCAAGAUGUAAAUAAGCCAGUGUAUAUGAGGCUUAAGGUAGUUGACACAAGGUAUCUGGAUAAGGAUAUCAGAAAUAUCAUCGAUGAUGGUGGAUAUUUGAAAAACAGUGAUUUUAUGAAAGCUAAUUCAAUGAAGGGCAUUUAUCCAAAUUUAGACACAGAAAUUAGACAAGGUCCCUCAAUGGUAAAAAUUUCAAAAGCAGAAUUUGUGGACAUCAGAACAGAAAUGGGGGACACAGUAUAUUGUUUGAAAUGUCAAUCAUGGCCGCCAUUUACUAGUAAGUUUUUUGCUAGAGGGAAGCUCAACAACUGGCCACCACAGAAGUUGUUAGACAAGGUCAAAGGUCUUGAAUGUUAUGUAGUGCCUGUUGGAUGCCCAGGUAGCGAGACAUACGAUAUUGAAUGGAGAUUGUCAUUUUCUGUAGCUGAGAAAGAGCUUGUAACUGAGUUGCAUGAAUCAUAUGCUAAUUGCAUGUUUGCCCUGAAAUUAAUCAAGAAAAAAUAUAUUAUAUAUAGUGAUUCUGAAAAACCAACACCAUUCUGCUCGUAUUUCAUAAAGACUGCUUGCUUGUGGAUGUGUGAAACAUUUCCUCAUUUAGAUUACAGCAUCAUGGAUUUAAUUAGAAAAGUCCUAGAUUGGCUCAUUGACUGCUACCAACACAAACAUCUGCCGCAUUAUUUUAUUCCCCAACAUAAUUUGAUUGGUCAUCUCUCAAGGGAAAGUUGUGACAAUGUAAGACAACAAUUGAAAGAGGUUGAGGGAGAUCUUUGGACAAAAGUGCUAUUAAGUAUUGAUAGUGAAGAAGAUUAUGAUUGGUAUUCGAAAUUUGACUGUCUAGGUGAUACACUCAACACCUGUAGAGACAAUAGAGAAAAUAUAGAGCAAGAGCUUGGGCAACGUUACAGAACAUUCGUAGGACGAGUGAACACCAUGAGGCUCAUGAAUCACCCUGGAACUACAGAGGUAAUUAGAGAUAUGCUUUGUGCUGUACGAUCCGAAAACAGCUUACAUCAUAAUCUGCUAAUGGAACAAUGGGCUUUUAUCUCUAUCUUGAGACUAUCGAGAGCCACAGGCUGGAGGAUAUUUGGCUCGCUCUUACACUUCCAGAGAAAAGCAUAUUAUCAAUUAUAGAGCAAGUUAAAGAGUUAGUGCCAAAAGGGUACGCAGAAAUGUUCAAGACACGUUUGUAUAGAUUCUUAGGCGAUACCUUUUCUCACUUAUUGGUACCUUUCCAAAACCGAGGUUAUGAUGAACUUUUAGUUAGGUAUCGGGAUGCUCCUUUUCAUUAUUAUGGCUUAGGACAAAAAAUGGUUUUUCCUGACAACUACAGUGACUAUGGCAUAGGUGGUCAAAUCCUUGUAGUACAAUAUCAUUAUUUAAUGGGGGACUACAAAGAUUUGAAGAUGAUGUGUGAUUCUAUACUCAGACUAGUUGAAAAAGCCAAAAACUGUAGGAAUACUAGGCUUGCCAGCAUUGAAUUAUGCUUAGAGAAACCUUUGGGAGUCAAUGCCUGGGCGACUGAUGAGCUUUUGUUUCAUCUUGUUAAACGUACCAAAAUAUUGAGUGUUUAUCUGCAUCCAAUUGCACUUGUUCUUUAUAUAAAAGCCAGAGUAUUACUUACCGAGGGAGAUACAGAGAAUGCAUUACAUGUUGUGAAAAACAUGAAGGAAUACAUGGAUGAGGCAUAUAAUGGUUUAUAUAUUAAAACCAUCAAUAUGUUUAUCACAAUCAUUGAAAGUCUAGUAGGCCUACUUGCUGUAAUGAGAUUAAUUGUUUGAAACGAGAAUUGCCUAUUAAGGAAAAUAUAAAUGGAAUUGAUAUGCUGGACAUUAAAAUAAUUUGAAUUAAUACAAAAUAUAUAUAUAUUUUUAAGAUAAUGUAUCAAAUAAGACCAUGCACCAAACAUAUGAUUUCCAUAAGUGAUCCUACUAAUCAAUAUGCAGUAGCUUUCUAUCAAUUUUAUCAUGGCAAUGUUUCAAAUGUUUCUUAUUCUGUAUAAUUUUAAUGCAAACAUAAUAUUUAACUCUCUAAAUAACAUAGCAUUUACGUUAAUCCGAAAUGAGAGGGAGGCCAUGAUUCAACAUUUUAAUCUUUAUCGGGUUACCUAUAGGGAUGAGAAGAUGAUGACAGUAUUUGUAAAUACAGUUUCUCAUUUCUGAAUUUGAACCAUAAAGUUUGAAACGUUGAAUUAUGGCCUCCCACUCAUUGUUUGCAGUAACAUCUGUUGAAUUUAAACAUAAUCAGUGCAUCUGUCGGUUAAACUAAUUGUAAAUAUAGAUGUCAGCUCUUCGAAAUCAAUACACUUCAAAUAUUGAUGAGCUGAAAGUGUUCAUAAUUCUAAUCCUAUCAACCAAUUAAUUUUUAAAUUGAUUUUUGCCAAUGCAUCUGUUGUAUUGGUACUCCAAUCACACUAAUUGUGAGGCGUGCAAGAACGAAAACAAAUAAUGAAUGGAACGCACAUGUGUAAAUAUUGGCUGAAUAAAGCAUUGUCUAUCGUUU